AUGGUACGCAAAUGUUACGAGCAAUCGUACUCGAUGGUUGCCAAGAUGAAGGUCGAACGUGAGGUAUUUGGAGUCAACAUAACUGGUGAUGCGGGAAUCGGUAAAUCGCAAUGGGUCAGCUAUCUCAUGUACAUGUUGGGCAGAGACGACAAGAUUGUAAUCGUAUUACACAGUAUUCAUAUCGACUCCAACACAGCUGUUCUAUUCAGAUACAUAGAUGGGAGCCCGACAGUCACAGAAUCGAGAGAUAUCAUAGGUAUCCUCAACGAAGCAGGACCAGAGGCUUGGUACUUGGUCGAUGGUGUAUCACCACAUCCCACAAAAACCUUCACCGUCCUGCUCUCCUCACCAUCCAAAGAUAGCGUGCACAAAGAUUUCCGAGCCUCUCCUACUACACACGACAUCCGGUACAUGCCAGAUUGGACCUUUGAAGAGAUCGUUGUCGCCAACAAGGCAUGCUUCCACAGGGAUCAUGAAAUCAUCAAGGACAGAUUUGAAAAGUGGGGAGGUAUCCCACGAUACGUUCUGCAGUUGGCCACUCUCCAAGGUCAUCAGAGAUUGCUUUAUCGAGCUCUGGCAAUCGAGUCUAUCAGAGCGGUACUUGGCUCUGCCCUCUGA